GAGGUUAGAAAACUUCCAUUCAGUUUCAUAAUAUUUUUACUAAUUUCAAGGGAAACUAUUAAUUUUCUUUGAAUUAUUUCUGCACACCUGUGCCCAUUAUUGAAUAGAAAGUGUGAUGCUGAAUAGAUUUAUUUUCCGUAGGCUGUGUAGGAGUUUUUGCAGACGAUACUCUAUUGUAGCGUCUGAUAUUUUAUUGUUUACCUCACCGGGAGAUAAAUUAAAAAGAUCAGCAGUCGUAGGCAACAUGGCUUAUAGGAAUAUGUGGAUGAACCAGCCGCCUAAUAAAAUGUUCCGACCAAACCGAUAUGAUGAUUACGGAUCAUACCCACCGCCCCUUAUGCAGCUUCCCAUUGUACCAAUGGAUCAUCAUCCCAUGGAACGCCCUAUGCAGGUUUCCUGUGGAGGCUUGAGGAAUCACCACCAUGGGAUGCUCGUGGAGCUCUUUGGGCGUGUUGUAAAGCAGCGCUUUGGUCGUUUCCUCCUCCUCAAAGAUGGUUCGGGGUACACUCAGCUAAUUGCAAAUAGCGAAGAUACAGACAUAUCCAUUCGUUUCCAAAAAAUGCCCGUUGAUGCUCAGCUACGAAUUGUAGGACGCUGCAAACUUCGUCCGGAAACCUCACGGAAUCGUUCUACUGCCACGGGGGACGUGGAGGUGCAUGUGCAGGAAAUUCUCAGCGUAAGAACACCAUACUCCGGAAGACCCCUUGCAGAUGUUGACCAGAAGCGUUCAAUGAGCACCUCUAGUCGUUCCUUUUUGGGUAUCACGGCUCCUGAACUUGCCAAGGCCAAGGGGACCAUCCGGGAGUACUUUGACAAGCGAAAAGUAACAUGUGGUGAGCUAAGGAUGGACAAUGUGGGACAGCAGAUUAGACUCGUUGGCUGGCUGGAGAAUAGUCAGCGACAUGGAAGAUUUUUCCGCAUGAGAGACGGUACAGGGUAUUGCCAAGUGACCGUUGCAGCAUCAAACAGGGAAUACAUUGAGAAAAUGUCAAAUUUCAAGGAGUCCGACAUUAUUUUCGUGGAGGGAACUCUAACAGCUCGUCCGCCAAAUAGUCGAAACACAAAAACCGAUACGGGAGACGUUGAAGUUAUCGUGGAGAAUUUCAAACUUCUUUCCCCGGAAGAGCCCUACAUCCUGCCUGAAUUUGAUAAGACAGAAGAGAAGGAAGAAGAUCCCGAUGAUCUUUUUAAAAACGACAAGAAUGGGGAUAGUGAUCAAGAAAUGACGGAGGAAAAUGUAAAAGAUGUCCCAAAAUCCCUUCCACCGAAUACAAAUCUCUUCACGUGUCGCACACACAAUUGCGGAGAGUUGAGCAUGCUGAAUGUGGGUGAGAAUGUUGUCCUCACGGGUUGGUUGAGUUUUCAGCGUAUGAAGAAAUUCAUAACUAUUCGCGAUGGCUACGGUACAACACAGGUAGUCAUCCCACCGGAGAAGGCAAAAGACAUUCCACUCGACACAAUGAGCUAUGAGUCCAUUGUUAAGGUUGUCGGGGUGGUAACGGCUCGCCCACCACAUCUCAGCAAUCCUGCCAUGUCAACUGGGGAGAUUGAAGUCCUCCUGGAGGAUUUUGAGCUGCUAAAUGAGUCCAAGAAGAACUUGCCAAUGGAAGUGCAUGAGUUCAACAGGGCCAAGGAGACUCUCCGACUUGAGCAUCGUUACAUUGAUUUGCGCUUCGCGGAUAUGCAACGCAAUUUGCGUACUCGAUCGACUGUCUUGAUGAAGAUGCGUGAAUUCCUCGUCAAUCGAUGUGGAUUUGUUGAGGUGGAGACUCCAACACUCUUCAGGGCUACGCCUGGUGGAGCCCAGGAGUUUGUAGUGCCAUCGAGGAAACGCGGACACUUUUACUCCCUUGUACAGAGUCCGCAGCAAUUCAAGCAGCUCCUCAUGGCUGGUGCUAUUGACAGAUACUUCCAAAUAGCUCGCUGUUAUCGAGAUGAAGCAACUCGCUCAGAUCGACAACCAGAAUUUACGCAACUAGAUAUAGAAUUAUCCUUUACUGAUCGUGACAAAGUAAUGGAAUUAAUUGAAGAAGUCCUCAAGAGUUCCUGGCCAGAGAGGGAGAAUGGUCCCCUAGAGACUCCCUUCAGGCGUAUGACCUAUGCCGAUGUGAUGUCCAAGUUUGGAAGUGACAAACCCGAUCUUCGCUUUGACUUCCCAUUUACGGAUGUAACAGAACAAGUAAAAAUCAAUGAGACCCUCCAAAGUACAUACCAUGACUUUGUGGCCUAUGCCAUUGUCCUCAAGUCUCCCAAUAAUGGUUUCCCGACAUCCCUGAAGAAUACAGUCGCGAAAAUGAUAAAGGAUCUCAAGGAGACACGGCUAUUUGUGUCAAAACUCAAGGAAACCUCAAUCGAAGCAUGGAUUGAAUCCAACAUCUCCAAUGCACUAUCGACUGUUGUUACCAAAGCCCUAGCUGAGAGCCUUUCACUUGAGCAGGGUGAUCUUCUCUUCUUGGCCAUUGGACAGCAGAAUAGAACACAAGAACUCAUGGGACGCAUAAGGAAUGUCAUCAUUGAUAGCCUAAUUACGCGAGAACUUCUCAAGAAGGACGGCAAGGGUGGACUGGAAUUUCUCUGGGUCACAGAUUUCCCCCUAGUUACACGCAAUGACGACGGGAAGUUAGAGAGUACUCAUCAUCCCUUUACAGCUCCACACCCAGAAGACGUUGCAGCGCUUAAAGAGCAGAAAAAUCUCGAAAGUAUCCGCUCAUUGGCGUAUGAUCUGGUGAUAAAUGGGAAGGAAGUUGGUGGUGGAUCAAUUCGCAUUCAUGACGGUGAUCUGCAGAAAUUUGUCUUGCAGACAAUCCUCGAUAUUGAUCACAAGCACUUGAAGCAUCUUAUUAUGGCUCUUGAAUCUGGUUGUCCUCCACAUGGAGGCAUUGCUCUGGGCAUAGAUCGCUUGAUGGCCAUCAUUUGUGAUACUGAAACUAUCAGGGAUGUUAUUGCAUUCCCUAAAGGACUUCACGGGAAGGAUCACAUGUCUCAGGCUCCGGUUGAGCUUAGUGAAGAAGAACUAAACCUUUACCACAUUGCUGUAAAACCUGAAAAGGAAAACAAAACCGGUGAUGAUUCAACAAUGUCGAUAAUUGCCGUAGAUGAUUCAAUGGAAGAUUCAGAUGAGAAAUGUCCUGCUCAAGAUCAGGAGACUUCUGAUGCCAUAAAGGAUCAUCCGUAGGAGGAACUCAGCUGAAAAGUUCAAGUAACUAAGAUAAUUGUUUUAUGGUUAUUGUUCAGUCCCUUUUUAUUCAACCUCUCAUUGUCCUCCCUUCCCACAAAAAGCAAAUCCAACACAAAAUAUUAGUGUCCUGCAUAGAGUCAAAUCCCCUGGUCAUGUAUUCAUGUUGAUAAAUCACACUAUCAAGAUCUUGAAUUAGCACCCGGACUCUCUGUUGGCUACUUUGUCCUGCUCUUCUGGGUCAGCGGGGUAGUCGGGUGGCUGGGCGUUGCCACCCCGGGUGUCCGGUGGACAGGCAUAAUGCUACUGAAGAGGGUAUUGGAGAUGGCAACAACGGGUGAGAAGAGUUUCAGAGGGUAUUGACUGCAAACAAAAGUCAGUUGUCAGUUUAAUGUGUUUGGAUAUAGAACAACUCAUUUUUAUCCUUAAUGCAUAAUUAUUUAAUAUUACAUAAAAAUGUAAAUGUAACCAAGAAUAAAAUAUAUUGUAAUCGGAAAGGUA